CGCGCUCAGUGGGUACAACCUUCUUCUACGCUACUGUGGGUGGUUGGGUGCAGUUAGUUGGAUGUCGAAACUUUUUUUUUAUACACAAACGUUUACUGGCCAAGUGCAGUGAAGCAACAAGUGUUCCAUUUGCAUAAUUUCUACGAAGCAUAGAUACUUGGUGAAAUUCGGUUCGCAAAAAUUUCACCAGAAGAAUUUGAUCAAUAAUGGCUCGUUACUUCAAAGAACAAGACAUCGAUGAGUUCCGCGAGUGUUUCUAUCUGUUUGCUCGGAGUGGCCAUAUUACCACUCUGGAUGAGCUGACAGUAAUAAUGAGGUCACUCGGUUUAUCGCCUACGAUUCAAGAGUUAACAUCGUAUCUGAAGAAGAAGAAUGGUCGCAUGAGUUUUGCCGACUUUUUGGAGGUCAUGUACCAACAUUCGCGUGUGGAGAAUCUUCCGGAGGAAGUGAUAGAUGCUUUCCGAGCUGGCGAUAAAAGUGGCCGUGGGACGAUUCCGGCUCGCCAACUGCGCCAUCUGCUGCAGAACUGGGGCGAGGGACUGUCAUUCAGGGAGGUAGAUAACAUCUUCAGGGAGGCAAAUGUUUCUAGCAACGGACACGUACGUUAUGCAGAUUUCGUACGCAUCGCCUGUGCCCCCGUACCGGAUUACUACUAGACUGCACAGACUGGGCCACAGCUCACAUUUAACACAAAUUCCAUCCGUACUUUAUAUUUUAUUUAUUUUAACGCACGACAAUCAACUUCAGAAGCGAAUUCCAGCGUACCUUUUUACAGACGGUGCUUGUGUACGACAAACAAAAAAUGCAUCCACUCAAAACUUAUUAUUAUGCAUCACACUUUUCAUGUUCCGGAGUGCAUCUCCGGGAAACGCGAAAUGCGUUGAUGCAUAUUUUAUACUAUAUUAAGCAUAGCUUACCAACGGUCCACAACUACACAAACAGCCAACUUAUGCUGUUGGAACAUUUUUGCCUUAAGCAACACGGAAAAGUUUAAAUUUUACCGCAGUGAUUAUGAUUCAGUAUUCGACAGCUUCCAAUCUAUGCAUUUCGGUUUUACUUGAUAAUAAAAGGUUUUAUUUUUGUGAA